GGGAGGAGAGGAAGAUCUUCAUUCACCCAGUGUUCACAGACAUCUGGGGUUGAACAAAGGGUUGUAGAAAUGAAUUAGUCAGUCUCUGAGUGGGCCUUGAGACAGUAGAAAGAUUUAGGCCCCUUUAUUAAGUCACAAUGGAAACACUGGGUCUCCUGACAUUUGAAAGGCUGCCCCUUUCCCCUAACUGAAAUGAGUCCAAAAAAGUCAAAGAAAAAAGGGGAUAAGGCAGAAUUCUAAAAAUGCCCUUCCUUUGAACACCAUCUUUGUGCAGGCAUCUGGGGGAGGCCAGCUGGGGCAGGGUUAUCUGCCAGCCAGGCCUGUAGGACUUCGCUUCUCUUGUUUAUCUCCAGCCACAUCUGGGGCAGCUGCCAGGACCCGCCCCCACUCUGCCGUCAUUGGAGGAACUCAAACUUAAAGGCUCCUGCUAAGAAUCAGGAUGUUUCAUUUUCCUCUUACUGGUGGGCUUGCUGUGGCUGGUCUGGGAAGGCUGAGCCCUGGUCCAGACCCUUGUGGACAGUGAGCCUCUCGCCAUGGCAGCCUGCUGCAGCUGUAAUGAUGUUUUCCAGUAUGAGACAAACAAAGUCACCCGGAUCCAGAGCAUGAAUUAUGGCACCAUUAAGUGGAUCUUCCACAUGAUCGUCUUUUCCUACGUUAGCUUUGCUUUGGUGAGUGACAAGCUGUACCAGCGGAAAGAGCCUCUUAUCAGUUCUGUGCACACCAAGGUAAAAGGGAUAGCAGAGGUGAAAGAGGAGAUUUUGGAGAACGGGAUGAAGAAGGUGGUGUCCAGUGUCUUUGACACGGCGGAUUACACCUUCCCUUUGCAGGGAAACUCCUUCUUCGUGAUGACAAACUUCCUCAAGACAGAAGGCCAACAGCAGGGGUUAUGUCCUGAGUUUCCCACCCGCAGGACACUCUGUUCCUCUGACUUGGGCUGUAAAAAGGGACGGGUGGACCCGCAGAGCAAAGGGAUCCAGACCGGAAGGUGUGUAGAGUAUAAAGGGAAGCUGAAGACCUGUGAGGUCUCCGCCUGGUGUCCCAUCGAGGCAGCGAAAGAGCCCCCCCGGCCUGCGCUCUUGAACGUUGCCGAAAACUUCACAGUGCUCAUCAAAAAUAACAUCGACUUCCCUGGCCACAACUACACCACGAGAAACAUCUUGCCGGGUGUAAACAUCACUUGUACCUUUCACAAGACUCAGGAUCCACAGUGUCCCAUCUUCCGACUAGGAGAUAUCUUCCGAGAAGUAGGAGAUAAUUUUUCAGAUGCUGCAAUUCAGGGAGGAAUCAUGGGCAUUGAGAUCUACUGGGACUGCAACUUGGACAGCUGGUUCCAUCGCUGCCAUCCAAAAUACAGUUUCCGUCGCCUUGACGACAAGACCACCAAUGAGUCCUUGUAUCCUGGCUACAACUUCAGAUAUGCCAAGUACUAUAAGGAAAACAACGUUGAAAAACGGACUCUGAUAAAAGUCUUUGGGAUCCGUUUUGACAUCCUGGUUUUUGGCACCGGAGGGAAAUUUGACAUUAUCCAGCUGGUCGUGUACAUUGGCUCAACCCUCUCCUACUUUGGUUUGGCCACUCUGUUCAUUGACUUUCUCAUCAACACUUACUCGAGUAAAUGCUGCCGAUCCCACAUUUAUCCAUGUUUCAAGUGCUGUGAAUGCUGUGCAGUCAAUGAAUACUACUACAGGAAGAAGUGUGAGACCAUCGUGGAGCCCAAGGCGACGUUAAAAUAUGUGUCCUUUGUGGAUGAAGCCCACAUUAGAAUGGUGGACCAGAGGCUACUUGGGAGAAGUCUGCAAGGUGUCAAAGGUGAAAAAGUCCCAAGACCCUCAACGGACUUCACAGACUUGUCCAGGCUGCCCAUGUCUCUCUGUGACCCACCCCCUAUACCUGGACAGCCGGAGGAGAUGCAGCUGUUAAGUGAAGUGACUCCUAGAUUCGGCGACAGCCCUGCCUGGUGCCAGUGUGGACACUGCCUCCCGUCCCAACUCCCUGAGAGCCACAGGUGCCUGGAGGAACUGUGCUGUCGGAAGAAGGCUGGCGCCUGCAUCACCACCUCGGAGCCAUUCAGGAAGCUCGUCUUGUCCCGGCGCGUCCUGCGGUUCCUUCUGCUCUACCAGGAGCCCUUGCUGGCGCUGGACGAAAACGCCAACAGCCAGCUGCGGCACUGUGCCUACAGGUGCUACACCACCUGGCGCUUCGGCUCCCGGGACCUCGCUGACUUUGCCAUCCUGCCCAGCUGCUGCCGCUGGAGGAUCCGGAGAGAGUUUCCCAAGAGUGAAGGCCAGUACAGUGGCUUCAAGAGUCCUUACUGAAGGCAUGGGGCUGAGCAGUCAUGUGAACAUGACCUUUGUUUGCAACCUGAGCUUGACCUGCAAAGAUCUGUAGCCAAAUUUUCAGCCAAAGGGAAAUGUGUUUUCCUCUCCUGCAGCUCUAUGUGUGUCAGAGAGCAGACCGAACAAAUAGGCACAAAAGCCAGAACCCCUCAGCAUGGACCGAGUCAAGAAAUUCAGAUUGAUGUCUCAGUUCUGUCACUGGGAAGUUGUGUGAUCCUAGGCCUUUAACCUCUGUUCCUCGUUGCCCUAUUACCCAACCUAUCUCACAGAGAUACUGGGAGGACAAAUUGGGAGAGUGUACAUGAACUUUCUUGUUCAUGCACAAAGAGCUACAUGAAUGCAGAGCAGCUCCUUAUGAGGCCAGAGCGGGAUAAUGGACAACUACAAACAAACCCUAACAAACCAUUUGGGUGCUGGUUGGAAAAUGUGGAUGAUUAAAAGUGGCCACAAAUUCUUCGGCGCUGAUGCCUCAGAACCUGAGGGUUAUGUCUCCUCCCCUUGCAUCUGGGCAGCUCUGAUUGCUUUAUCCAGUACUACAAGUAACGCUGUGCCAGCUUUGGGGUCUUGGUCUUGAGGCUCACAGGAAGCUUCUGCUUCCUGUCCCUUGACACAUCUGCUGUGAAGGGAGCUAGCCCUGGUAUAAACGUCCAUCCUGAGACCACCCUAUUGUGAGGAAGCGCAAGUGGCCACAUGGAGAAUAGAGACACCUGACCAGUCCCCAGCUUUCAGGCCUUCCAAACCCACUCACUAGACAUGGGAGAGAAGCCUUCAGGUCAUUCCACACCCUGCUCACAGAUUACUGCAAUUGCAUGAGACGCUUCCCAGGGAACCCGCAGAACAAAAUUGUUGCUGUUCUUUUUGUCUUAACGUUUAUUUAUUUUGAGAGAGAGAGUGAGCACGUGCAAGCGGAGGACAGGCAGAGAGAGAAGGAGAGAGAAUCCUAAGCCGGCUCUGCACUGUCAGCACAGAGCCUGACGGGGGCUCAGUCCAACGAGCCAUGAGAUCACGACCUGAGCUGGAAUCGAGUCAGACGCUUCACCGACUGAGCCACCCAGGCACCCACGGAACUGUUGUCUUAAGCCACUAAAUUUGGAUUGUUUGUUACACAGCAACAGAUGACUGGGAAAGAGAGCAAGCCUGACUCACUGGAACAGAGGCUCAGCCUAUACCUGGACCACCACAGAAGUCCCUUAGGGGCUUAGGUGUCUGUUCAGCAAUUCUAUCGGGGCUGCAGACCAAAUCAGGUAACCCACCAGACCAGCUCUGCAAUCCAUCCGAUCUCACUGCUGAGCUACCCAAUACAUUCUAAUCCACAUCCUACUUCUAUGACUGGAAGUAGCUACUGCUGUUAAAAACUAGAAAAGGCCACGUUUAUGCCUUUAACGUUCUGUACUUUGCAGACAAUUAGAAUGGAUGAGGUUUGGAUGCUCCUUAAAAAGUAACUCACACCCAAACCUUUACCAUUUCUAUACGUCAACUGCUAAGAAUAUGAAAA